GUCGCUGUUGGAGCGCAUUCAGCGCCCCGAGGUGAGCAAGGAGACGGCGAAGAAGAUUUCUUUGAUUGAGGAGCAGUUUGCUAGGGCCGAGGUGGAGCAGUGUAUGUUCUUUCUAUUCCCAUUUCUUUUAUUUUUGUUUUCUUUGUUUUCUUUGGGGUUGGUUGUUAUUGUUUAUUCGGUGAUAGGAUCUAAUCUAAAUAAUGGGUAUAUAGUGCGCCAGUCUACUCUCCUCCUUCGUCCUCUGUUCGAAAAGCGCACCCAGGUCAUCGCCGAGCCGGAUUUGCGCGAUACCUUCUGGACUCGUGUCAUGCUCAAUGCGCCCGCCGAGGUCGAGGAAUACAUCACCAUGACCGAUGCUACGAUUCUCGCUUCGACUCUGAAGAAUCUGACUGUUGAGCGUUUCGAGAUCGAUGAGAAGGGCCAGGGCGAGCCCCGCAGCUUCCGCUUGACUUUCGAGUUCCGUACCGGCGACGAGAACCCUUACUUUGAGAACGAGAAGCUCGUCAAGACCUUCUACUGGCGCAAGCAGGUCAUCACUGCCCCUAAGGGUCACAAGCGCACUUGGGACGGUCUGGUCUCUGAGCCCGUCCGCAUCAACUGGAAGAAGGACCAGGACCCUACCAAGGGUCUGCUGGACGCUGCUUGCGACCUGGCUGAGGCGGAGAAGAAGGGCGGAGACCGCAAGAAGCUGCCUGAGUUCACCAAGGUCCUCGAGAAGAAGGACGAGAUCGAGGCUGCUGAGGACCAGGAGAUGGGUGAUGAUGAGGAUGAGCUUCCCGAGGAUGGCCCCGGUGGUAUGAGCUUCUUCGCUUUCUUCGGCUACCGUGGCAGCGAUGUCACUGCUGAGCAGUCUGAGACCGCGACCAAGGAGGACAACGAGAGGUUUGAGAAGCUCCUCAAGGGCGAGCCUGUUGAGGGCGAGAAUGAUGAGGAGGAUGAUGACGAGGAUGACGACAUUGAGGAUGAGUUCGAUGACAUUGAGGUCUUCCCUGGUGGUGAGGAGCUCGCUAUUGCGAUCGCUGAGGACCUCUGGCCCAACGCCCUGAAGUACUAUGUCACGGAUCAGGACAUCGAGGAGGUCGACUUUGACGACAGUGAGCUUGAUAUCUCGGGAGACGAGGAGGAGGACGAGAACGACCGUCCCCGCAAGAAGACCAAGGUCUAAAUAUUCCGCCGUGUCUUGUCUUGAAUAACGCAGUUGUAACCAUAUGUUUCCAUGUCUUAAAGAA